AACCACCAAUUUCAGAUUUUGAACAAUUCAGAGUUGUAAAUUUCUUUUGACUUUCGUGAUAUUUUCGUCGACCUUAUAAUACUCCCUUUGUUUCAUCUUAUUUCAUAACAUUUAGUUCUUUACUAGUUUCGUGGUUUAAACUGAAAAUUCAAUUUCACGGUACGAGAAAGGGGAUGUGGAGACCUUCGUGUUCGAGUCCUUUGUGAAAAAAUUGAAGUCCGUGAUAGCCAAUUCUCUUGCGGUAGACGGCAUUACCAUAUCAGAUUCAAACAUGGUGUUGCGACUUCUGGCUCUCUGUGAAAAGAGUGGAUAUUUGUCCUUCAAGCAAACAAUAUCAUCAAAGUGUCCUCUCCCCACUUUUGACGAGGUUUGUUACAUGUUGUACAGGUACAAAAAGGAUCCGUGCGUGAGGCCAAUUAGAACUGAUCCUAGAGGUAUUGUUGAUGCAGCACCAUCGUCUGAUUAUCGUAUUGGUGCUGCGAUAGAAGGAAUUAAUAGGUUUAGUGAUGUGAUAGACGCAACAGGUAAAAUGGGUGAUUUGAUAGAUGGAGGAGGUAAAUUAAGUGUUUCCGUUGCCGCGGCAGUGGGCUCUGUGGCUUCUACGGUAGGUGCAGUUGGUCAUUUGGGGAUUGCAAUUAAGGCAGUGGGACUUGUGACUUUGGCUGGAUGUAAAAUUUGGCAGGGGCUCUCACGCAAGUAAUGUAGUAAUUACAUUACUGAAAAGCUUAAAUGCAAGGGAACUC